AUGGAUUCAGUAUACAGUUACAAGGAAUUAGAACAAAGAGAAAUUAAAAUUAUGGAGCCGAUUCUCAUAGCCUUUAUAGUUUUUGGUUGCAUCUUUGUAUCAGCCUUGAUAAUUGGCAUAUGUACCAGCAUAAACAACCAGGGACAGAGCACAAACACGAAUAUGGGAAAAGCAAGAAAUCGUCAUGGAAAUUAUAACACGGAUGGAGGUAUUGUUAUCAUGGUUGGUGGAGCUGCCACUUAUGAUACAGGGGGCGUUGCUGGCAGUGCUGGUGGCGGAGGUGGAGGAGGGGGAGGAGGGGGAGGCGGAGGAUGUGGUGGCGGAGGAGGGGGUUGUUAA